CCAUGCCAGUCUUUGUCAGUGUCUAAAGCUGCUAGAAUUGGUCAGAGGAAGCGGGGCCCCAACACUCAGUAUCCUAGUAGUGAACAGCAAAGGGCGAAGAUAAGACUUUUAAAGUUUUAGGACAAAAAAAAAGUGCACUAGAAGAAAUAAAGGGCAAGACUUUAUUUGGGGGGAGAGAGAGGAGGACGACAAAUUCCUGACAAUUUUAUUCCCCAAGAAUAGGCUAGAUUUUAAACAUGGGUUAUAUUUGAGGUUUCUUGGAGUCAUCAAUGAAAGGUCGCACUAACUGACCUCGAAGGUCCCUUCCAAAAACCACUGAAGUUUGGGGUCUUCAGCUAAGAAAGGACCAUAGCCUCUCUGAGGCAGUAUGAAAGAAAUUGGGGGCUAUAAACACGGGCAAUUCAUGCUCCCAAGUACCAAAACAACCCGAAAUACCCUCUAGCUCCCCUUCCCCCAAUGCCCCCAGCGCGGAGUUCAUUACAGAGUGGCUACAUUUUUUUUUUCACUUUCCUCUCUACCCCAGCCCCAGGCCAGCUUGGUCCAGGAAUUCAGCCCAGCUUUGGGACUUGGGCGGGGUAUGAUUGUAGAUGUUUUGAAUCACCUGCACUUCCUUAAAAGCCCAUUUUACAAACGGCAAUGAGAGGUCUCACUUUCAUUACUCACGUGGUUAUGGAGAAAUUAAGGAAGCCCUCUCAACCUAAUAGAAUGGAGUGUACAGUUGGUGACGUUUAGAUUGCGGAGCUGAGAUGCCAGAGACCCAAAAUUGGAAGUGCCUCGAUGCGUCGCAAGCGCUUUAAAGAAACACCUGCAGGGACCCCUUGGCUUUCGGAUCUCGGUUCCUCGGGAAGGCCUCCUGAUGCAGGCUCCUGCCCCAGUUUGCCCCCCAGACCGCAUGAUUUUCCCCGGUCUGGUGUCGGCUCCUCCAGGCCGGCCAAAGCGGGGAGGAGUGGGCCGGGAGGGGAGGGGGGAGAAAGUGGAGAAAGGCACUGCUGUCCAAAGCCAGCCCGGGCAGCCUCUGGCUCCGGUUCAGAUGCGGCCUCUUUAAGGCACGGUGACCCGGCCGCGCCGGGACCCCGGGGCGGGGAGUGCGGGCUGGGGACAGAGCAGCUGGAGGCGGCGGCGGCGGAGGAGGAGGAGGAGGCGGUGAACUUCUGCGCGACCUGAGCCCGGGCCCCCGCCGCAGCCCUCCCGCAGCAUGCUCUCCAUCCUCGUCCCCCCAGCCGCGGGCGGCUUCCCCUCGGUCCUCGCUCUGCGCCAGGACUCUUCGGGAUCCUCCGGCUCUUACCACACCGCGCCAGGCUCGCCGGAGCCCCAGGGGCCGCGCCCCGUCCUGGACGGGGCGGACGAUGACGGGGGCAAUGGAAUUCCUGGGCGGGGGCAACCGGCAAAGUUUGCGGGCCAGAACUCCAGGGUCCCUGGUCGGGGGGCGGGCCCAGCCGGGAGCGGGGGCUCGCAGCUUCGCCUGUCCAUCAGCGCCCAGAAUAGCCGCCAGGAGCCUGGAUCCGGUUUCCCCAAGAGGCCGGGACAGCGCCCGAGUCCUUUCCAGCUCCGCACCCUGCCGUCGGGGGAGAUGGAAGUGAUCUUCACAACCGGGCCCCUGGGCGAGACUCCCGUUCGGUCCCCCAGCGACUCAGAUGAGGCCGACAGCGAGGUGCAGCAGCUCACGGCGCUCAGCUUGCAGAACUUUUCCCGCCCUCAAGGCCCCUACCUAGACGUGCACAGCCCCAGCGCGCAGGCCUCUUCCAGCCCGUCCCCGGCUCUCUCUGACAGCAGCAACCAAGCGGACCCCUGGGCCACCUACCUGGACCUGCGUCAGGAGGCUGAAUCUUCUGCCUCGAGGCUGCCGGAGCUCCCUGCCACGUCCGGGAGAACUCAGUUCGAGUGCGUGGAGGUGGCGCUUGAAGACCGGGCAUCCCUGAGUAAGCAGAGAACGGUCCCCAAGAGGCAGAUAGAGCUGCGUCUGAAGCCGAGCCCUCCGGAGCUGGAUUCAGCGGGGGCGAACGGGGUCCCCCGGCGCAAGUUGUUCCUGCGGACCGGCUCGCUGGACGAGUCUCUGACUCGCUUGCAGGCCGCCUCCAACCUCGUGCAGACCGCACUGGCCAGAAAGCUGCAGAUCGAGCAGACGCUGUGCCCGGAGCAGCCAAGCCCAGGGGGCGGGGCUCAGCCCAUUCAGACUCGGGCAGGUUCGCAGCUUCGUUCCGAGGGGGACAUCCAGAAGCCGGAGGAUUGGCCCCUGGCUUGGCCCGAGGUCCAGGAGAGCGAAGCCCCAACUAGACCUACUGUACGAAGCUCUCGAAGAGAUUCAAAGGAACUCAAGGCCAGAGGGACCUCUCAGGCUGGGCUUCCUCCGAGAGAGCCGACGAAGGAGGCACCCCUGCCCCCUGCCAAGCCUGCGGGGUUGAGGGCCCCAGACGGCGUGGUUUCUGUCAGAACCCCGAGGCCCUGGCCCAGUCUUCGAGAACGAGCUAUUCGUCGGGACAAACCGGCCCCCGGGACAGAACCACUCGGCCCCGUGAGCUCCAGCAUCUUCUUGCUGUCGGGGGACAAGUCCCAGGAAGCUUCGGAGUCUCGGCCCCGCAGUGAAUGGAGCCAGCCGCCGAAAUCCCUGGCUCAGAGGGGCACGCCAGAGGACCGGGCGGCCCAGGAGACUCCCAGUCUGUCUCCUCAGGAAACUUGGGAUCCCACAGUUCAGGCGUCGCUGAUUCCGCCCAUGCAGGAGGCUCCCAAUGAAGCGCUCCAAGAGGCUACAUCCACGCAGGGGUCUCAGGAUCUAACUGUGCAGGAACCUCAGAUCUCACCUCCGCUGGAGAAUCCAGUCCCAGACACUUGGGAGCCCAGAGACGCCCCCGCGCCCCCAGGCAGAUCCCGAGUAACAAUUCCGCGACCUCGGGACGUUCGGAAGCUAGUGAAGAACACCUACUCGCUGAGCUUCCCAGCUGUGCCCACUUCCCGUCUGGGGCUGCCUGAGCCCCCUUGCGCGUCCGGGGGCCCCAGCCAGGACAGCGAGACUCCGCCCGGAGCGCCAGAGCCUCCUACCACCGUUCACUAUACUUCUACUUUCCAGAAGGACUUCCUGCCCGUAGUGACCCAUCCCUACGAAGUCCCAGAGCCGCCGGUCACUGAGGGAGUGGAAGUAAGUGACUCUGCUGCCCACAGCUCCAGAGGGGCCCUGCCAAGCCACCAACCUCCCCAGCCUCAGACGCGGCCAAAGGGCUACCAAGAAGGAGAUCCGACCCCACGGAAGAAAGCAGAGAACAACACAGCCAAGCCUUUUGCUCGCAGCGAGAUCCGCCUCCCGGGAGCCCUGUCUUUGUCCCGGAAGCCGGGGCUCAAGACCCAGCCUGAGACGGACACAGAGAUCCGCCGCGUUUCCCCAGGGUACAGUCCUCAGGUUCAGCGCCUUCUCCCUGAAGGAGAAGUCCAGGCCAAUUCCCCAGGGAUUAGCCUGGGGCCCGCCCCCAUCCCCAAGGAACCAAGAGAGAGGCCAGAGGUCCCUGCUCAAUGGUCAGGGGCUGGACAGACAUCUAACUCCUUGACAGAACCCCCACAUCCAAAUGUCAGGGGCUCCCUCUGCCUGGGGUCCCCACACUCUGACCAGGCCAAUCCCCUAGCCCUCCAGGCCCGGAGUCCAGAGCCCAGAGCCAAACCGCAACCAGGUUCCACUGGGACACAUCCCUCAGGGAACCAGAUUACAUCCAAACCUGCUUCCCUGUCCCAGCCCAGGGCAGCCUCAGCACCUCCUAUGGCCCAGGGCCUUGACAGCCCUUCCCGGGGUCAGGGCAGGGGUCUUAGGAGCUCUGGAGCCACCCCAUCAGGGAAGGUUCUGGUAGAUCCAGAGAGUGGGCGCUACUAUUAUGUAGAGGCUCCCAAAUCUCCUAAAUUAAAGCUGCUCUUUGACCCAGAGAGUGGUCAGUACCUAGAAGUUCUUGUUCCCCCCUCCCCAGCAGGGCCACCCCUCCGGUUCUACCCUUCCUUGGCAGUAGGGCACAGCCUCUAUCCUUCUCCCUAUGGGUCCUACCCUGGGCUUUCACUACCCCCUUCCCCUGGACCCUUGCCUCUGGGUCCCCCUGACUUAUUAGCCCCAGGAACCAAACUCCCCUGGGUUCCUGAGAGUGCCACUGUAGAUGGGCUCUAUUACCUGCCCACAGGCAGUUCCCCUAGCCCAUUACCUGGUCUUCCUCUCCUUCUUUACUCUGGGCCUCCCAAUUCUGGGCCUCCUACCACUACCAAAGGCUCACCUUUUUGAGUGAGAAGACCUCCCUAAGCCCUACUCACACCCCAUUUUGUCUAAAGGUCUCACCUAAAGGGGCUCUUAUUCCAGCAGAGCCUCUGAAUCCAACCUAGCCCUAAAUACUCCUGGGUUCCUUUCCCCUGGCACACACCCACUCUGAUACCAAUCCUUCACCUCCACCCACCCUCCCGAUGACUUGCUCUUUUUUUCCUUCUUUAAAUUCCAAUUCCCCACAUCCACGUCCACAUAAACUACUACUACCCCCCAUUACACUCCUGCCCUAGCUUCCAUAGGGAUAGUGCUGUGGCUUUGCUUCCAACCCCACUUCCCAGGGUACUGCUGAGGAUGGAAGGGAGAGCUCAGGGAAGAAUUGUCAUCUGUUUCUUCCCAAUCUAUUCAGCUCUUGCCUGUGUCUCUACCCAUGGCCCUCGGGAAGUGGAAGCAAUGAUGGCAGUUAUAUGAUUGUGUGUCUCACAUAUGCCCUGUCACCAGUGAUGAGCCAAGAAAGUGAAUGGGGGAAGAUAUGAGCCAGCAAAAGUUGUGAAGGAUUCAAACUGUAAGAAUGGGUUUGGGAGGUAUAUUGACCCCUGAACUUGAAGAUACAAGUCCCUCAUUGGAGUCAGAGAGAAAGGGAAGUUGUGUGUGUAUGUGUGUGUGUU